AUGGAAAAAGCCAUUCGUGGAGAAUCAGUAGGCGACCAUUGUCAAGAAUGUACUGGAGUUUGGGUGGAUAAAUACAAAAAUGUCUAUGUCACUGAUUCUGGACGAUCUCAUGUUAAAAAGUGGUUAUUUGAAACGAACAAAAGUGUUGUUGUUGCCGGUCAAACUGAUGAACGAGGACCGGAAAGUAAUCGUCUCAAUAUUCCCGAUGGAAUCUAUGUCGAUAGUCGUGAUGAGUCACUCUACAUUGCUGACACAAUGAAUCACCGCAUUCAAAAGUGGACCAAAGGAGCACAGCAAGGCAUCAGAGUAGCUGGAGCAAAGGAACAUACCAGUGGGCAUGAUGCCAGCACAUUAAGCAGACCACAGGCAGUAUGGAUCGACGAAGAAACGAAAGUUGUCUAUGUUGUUGACACAAAUAAUAAUCGAAUUCAGCGUUGGUUACCGAAUGUAUCACAAGGUGAGACCAUCGUCGGACGAAUAGGUAAGAUAAAAGCCUGA